AUGAAUCUAUGCAAUUCUUUACUUUGUAUAUUCUUUGUUAUACACACUUCUCAACAUGGUAUCAAUCGCCAUAAGUCCUGGAGAAAUCGUUUCUGCUGCAAGAAGUUUCGGUGUUCAUGGCUGCUGCUGAUUCACAGUCGCUGCAUGGAGUUCGUCGUCCUCCUCCUCCGUUGCCGCCGGCUUCCGUUUCCACCGCCGCUUAAAAUGGAAGGCCGCCGGCGUACGAUGACUAAACCGUUUCAUGCUGUCAGACAAACGAAGGGGAUUCAUAUAGUGGAAGAUACCGCUGCAUCACACCAGGGAAAUACUGAAAAAGCAAGAAUCAAUGAAUGGGUUGCUCAUGAAAAUGCCAUAUUUGAUGUAUGCUGGAUGAAGGAUGAUAGUUACAUUUUAACAGCUUCAGGGGAUCAAACUAUAAAGGUAUGGGAUGCUCAGGAAAAGAAAUGCACUGGAGUCUUUGCCGUUUGGGAUCUAAGAUGCAAGAUCAACUCCCGAAGUAGAAGUGAUGAAGUUUGCCUUGCACCAACUAUUCUGGUCAAAGGAGCUCAUCCUUCAUCUCAAGCAAGGCGGGGUAGACGUGGCAAGCCUGCUGUUGCAACCAUUACUUCAGUUCUUUAUCUCAAAGAUGACAUUUCCAUUGCUAUGUCUAGAGCUGCAGACAGCGUUGUGAAGUUCUGGGAUACAAGGAAACUGAAAUCCCAUGUCACUCAGGCAUGUCCCCAACCAGAGGCUGCAUCUAAAAAGGGUAUAUCUAGCUUGUCCCAGGACUCAAAAGGAGUGUUUCUAACAGCAUCAUGCAUGGACAACAAGAUAUACUUGUAUAAUAUAGUUCAGCUUGAUAAGGCCCGUGCAAACUUUCUCUGGAUGCCAAAUAGAGUUUUUUUUUAUGUGAAGUCAGCAAUCAGUUCAGACGCAGACUACAUACUAAGUGGUUCCAGCAAAGGAAAUGCUCAUCAAGCCUCAAGCGGAGCCUAUCAUCUUGAAGAAUCACCAUGGUGA